AUGAUCCGAAAACAAUUUAAGCUUUUAUUUGCUUUUGAUGCCACCACAGCAAGUAAUCAGGAGCCGCCAACUUGUCUUCCAAAUGGUAGCAAAUCAAAUUGCCCAACAAAGAACAACCAGAAAAGACUUGGGUGCAAUGAGCAUACAUCAUGGCCAACAGUUGCAUUUGGACGACCGAGUCCAAGUCCGAGUUCAAUUGAUGGAUCACCGAAAACCGACUGCUCUGACCGAUGCAAUUUACCCACUAUACAUUACAUCUACAGUCUUCUCCGGCUCCUGACCCAUCGGCGACCGGACGUAGUCGCUGGCCAAGUGCGAUUGCAAAUGCACGGAAUUCUCAUUGAGAAUAAGCCCUCCUACCCGCUGGCCCCUGUUGGCCUGGCCAUUAACGCGACUUGCUAG